UUUACUUUCGGUAGGAUAUACACACGAGACGCCUCACUCCCACCACUCUUGCCUCACUGCAAGUUUAUCAAGUGAUACGAACCGAGCCCGGAGUCAUUCUGGAGAAUUUCGUUGGCAGGUUGACUCAAGAGCUGUGCAGUUUCAAUCACAUACCGUGGAAUUGCCGAUACUUCUGAUUAAUUGAUUUAAAAUUAUGGUCUUCUCGUACUAGAAACCUUUGUUGUACCGGUUAUUGAGUAGUAAUUACAAUAAACGGUUUUUGCUAAUGGUAAAACAUCAGUGCAAAAUUGUGUACAUCUGAUACUUUGAAGAAGACGUCGUCUUUUGUUAUAUAACACUUCUACGUCGAAUACACUGUAACGCGGUUGGAAAGUUUUCACUCGUCGUUUUAUUCUUCGUCUCAGACUCGUAACUACAGUGAUCAUAAUGAGCAACCGAAAGAGAAUGCCGUCUUAUCGGCUAUGGGGUUCGACCGAGGAUGGCGAAGUCGAAUUCGAGUCAUUGACCACCGAGACACUCGAAGAUGCUCUCCAGAUGCUAAGGGACUCCUUCUUCAAGGACGAGUCUAUCUGCCAAGGCGUCGAUCUGCUUUCCGAACCCGGAGCUGCGGACGAGCUUAUAGAAUUGUGCAGACUCAGUGCUAAGGACGGAGUUAGCGUUGUAGCAGUUGAAGUCUGCACAGGACGAGUAGUCGGAGUUUCAUUUAAUAAAAUUCAGACGCUUGCGGUUCCCGGUGUUAAAGGAUUCUUUGAAAUCUUUGCGGAAAACUGCAAAUGCGACUCGUCUCGAGCACUGACGGACUUCAUGGUGGACGUCGACUCGAGGCUGAACUUGUUCGAGCACUACAACGUUGACACCUUAUUGGAAGUUAUGUUUUUAGGCACCGCAAUUUCGCAUCGGCGACGGCGAAUCGGCGAAUUGAUUGUGGCAGCUUCUAUUGAACUAGGAAAACAGUUGAAAGCUGGAAAAGACGUGAAAACUCCUGUUGAAAUUCACGGUGUCGAAAGCAUCGCGAACAAGGAUGCAGCGCCUAAGCUUUGCUCCUUGAUUUGUAGCUCUCUUUACUCUUAUAAGAUUUGCAAAAAUCUUGGAUUCGACACCCUCGUCACCGUUUCUUUGGCGGAUUACGAAUUCAAGGGGAAAAAAUACAUCGAACGAAUACGCGACAACAAACAAAAGUCCGCUUAUCUUGUUGCUAAGCGGUUGUAAUCAAUUUUAAUUUUCAUAAAUUAUACUACGAUAAUUAUACUUGGAUUAAAAAGUGGAUCAAAUAUGUGCCGAUAAUAUUUACGGAAACAGUGCGAAUUUCUUGUUUCAGAAAAAAAUUCUUUUCUGUACGGAAGAAAAACGUAUAUUUUAAUUUUUCAACUGUAAAAUAUACUAUUUUUAUCAAUUACCGAUUGAAUGACCUCCUCCACCGCCGAUUUAGCGCUUUUAAUUCGUAUUACUUGCAUUUUUGAUCGUAAUAUCGCUGAGUUUGGUUAACUGAAGACGGUACAAUUACAAGUUUCAUAUUUUACGGCUCUUCGAAAGUUGGAACUACUUAAGCACGUACGAAGAGAAGCUUGGAAUCUUAUAAUAAUUCAUGUAUAAUAUAGCUGUUGCAUUAUAUUAUAUAAAAUCUGAAUUGGUAAUGCGUCGGAGAACGUAAUUUGAUUUUUAAAUAAACUCGUUUAAAACUU